AGUUGCGCUUUUGUUACACAAAAUAGUGGGUGUCACGAGGGCUACUGUGACGUCAGCACACAGGGCUCGAUGCGGAGGCGGGUGCACGGCGCGCGACUGGAACGGUAAACAGAGCAGGGGGGGUGUCCGUCAAGCAGCUAUUUCGGGUAAUCUCUGGAUUAAAACCACCAGGAAAUUUUAAAGAUGAAUGUGUUUGAUCGCAACAUAAACUUCGAUGCUCUAUUUAAAUUUUCCCAGAUCUCUCCUUCCACCCAGGAGCACCUGAAGAAUGUGUACUCCUGCCUAGCUGUGUGCAUGCUUGUGGCUACAGCUGGUUCAUGUGUCCAUUGUAUAACACAGCUGUUUCAGGGGGGGCUGCUCUCUUUGCUGGGUUCCUUAGCUAUGAUGCUUUGGUUGACCAUGACGCCCCAUAAUCAUGAGACUGAGAAGAAGAGGCUGGCUAUUCUUGCUGGCUUUGCCUUCUUCACAGGUGUUGGGCUGGGGCCAACCUUGGAUUUUGCUAUUGCCAUCAAUCCCAGCAUCAUCGUGACAGCAUUCCUGGGCACCUCUGUAAUCUUCGUAUGUUUCACUCUGAGCGCCCUCUACGCCAAGCGCAGGAGCUACCUCUUCCUUGGAGGAGUCCUGAUGUCUGGGCUUUCCAUCUUGUUCCUGGUGUCCUUGUUUAGCAUGUUCAUCGGAUCAGCCUUUCCCUUCAAGGCCCAUUUAUACAUUGGACUGGCCAUAAUUUGUGGGUUCGUGCUCUUCGACACUCAGCUCAUCAUUGAGAAGGCAGAGAUGGGCGAUAAGGACUACAUCUGGCACUGUGUGGACUUGUUCCUUGACUUUGUGACCAUCUUCAGAAAGCUCAUGGUCAUCCUUGCCUUGAAUGAGAAGGACAAGAAGAAAGAAAAGAAGUAGAGGAGUUAUGAGCAGAUGAAGGGGACAGUGAAGACCACGUGUCCUGGAUCUUCUGAACUACUUUUAAGAAUGCAGCAGGGGAAACCUUGACCAGGAGUAGUAUCUUAAAUCGCAGUGAUGUUUUCACUUUAACAUUCAGAUAAUAAUUUAGAUUUUGAUUUUGUAUAAUGAUGUAGUCUUUUUUUUCAGGCAGUUGAAUUUUGGCAUUUGAGCUGUAAUCUUAAGUUUCUUCUGUUGCAGUUCGUUGUGUCAUGUGAAAUGGAAUGGGUGGAUUUGUGUACUUUGUAUGGAUCAUUGCUAAACUGUGGGCAGCACAAGACAUCUGAUAGAAAAUUUUAUGUCGUUAUUGUUAUACUUUAUUGCAUUUGUUUUUUUUAUUUUGUGUACAGUAAAAGAUUAGUACCAUCAGAUACUCCGCCGAACAACUACAAUUGAAAAAACAAAGCAAAAUACAGAAUGAAGUCAGGCAUUUUGAGCUUUGCAUCUUGCCAAGAAUUCGGCACAGAAACUGAUCUGGUAAAUCCUGGCUCUAAGAGACUCAAGAAGAGUAACAUCUACUUGCCCCAGCAUUCACAAAUUCUACAAUAAGGCAUGAGGAAGAGUGUUGCAUUGAAUCACUGUUUGCUUGCCUGUGGUCAGUCUAGCUAAUAGGAUUCUUUGAGUUAUCGUGGCUGGUUUAGCAAGAAAAUUAUAUGAAUUAAAACUCGGUCUAUUACUAAUACAGAAUCGAGCCACAAUCGUUUAUUAUAACAGAGGCAACCCAUUUGUGUAAUCCAAUUGGAACUAGGGAUGGUAAGAUUCACCGAUUCGCAUCAGUGCACCAGUAUGAAAGUUCAUGUUACUGCUACGAUUUAAAAAAAUUGUGCACUGGAUACAAUUUGGGAUACAUCAUUUCUAACAUCUUUGCAUCAGUAAAAUGCAAUUUUUUAAUGUAGAAUAGACAGUUAAAUCAUUUUGCUUUAUUAAUUUUGUAUUAUUUAUUUAGUUCACAACUGGUGUUAUUAAUGUUUUUAGGGGUUGUUAUGCUUCCAGACAACAGGAAGGCUUGUCUUUUAUUGCGAACCUGCUUGUGUUUGUAAGCUGAGGCUCGCAAGAUCAAGCUUGCUUGUGUCUGAGUUUGGGAAACUAAAAUAUGGCUCCUGGCUCAUCCGACUUUUAGAGGAAUAAAACUGAGCCAUCCACUUGUUUUUAUUUAGAAACUUAUUAGUAAUGAGCUGGGUAGAAGAUUAUUUGGUUCACUUAAAAGAUUUUGAUUAAAUGCAAUAUGUUUAACAGUUAUAUACAUCAAAAUUAGAUGUAUAUAAACCAGUAACUGGAUACAUAUUACUUGCUAUAAUUUUGUAAUAUUUCGCCAUGUUUUGGAAUUAACAUUGAAAAGUUUAAUUUGUGACUACUGUAAACUAUUGCACGCAAAAGAAAACACUUUUGUGUCUGUAAGGGGGGAAGAAUCGCCAGCUCAUUAUUAUGUUUAUGGGAAAGUGCGGAAGAAUCUUUAAUAAUAAUUGUUUUGUUUUUUCCUCUACUAUUUUUUUUUUUUUUUUAGAUUUAGGCCUGCAAGCGAGUCUUUAGUUUUAUUUUGUUGUGUAAAUCAUCCCCCUCCACACUGUAUUCACCAUCACCCCCCUCUCCCAUCGUAUUGCAGUCCCCACCAGGUCAUAAAAUCCGUGAAAUCCGACUGUCACCGCAAUUGCUGUUGCUGUGCCGCACCUAUGCCAGCGCCUCCCUCUCUAUGCCACGUCACAUCAUUAACAUACCAAAACACGGGAUGGUCCCGGCCUGGCCUGUCCACUAAAGAUAUCGAGACGGAAGCAACGGCCAGGGUAAAAUAAAUAUUGAUAAGUAGAUGCCCGAUGCCUUUAUAAUUAGAAAAGCAGCAAAUAAUUUCUGACCAGUAGUUUAAUAUUUAGAUUGAUUCCUCCCAGUAAACUGUUUCUCAAACGCUAUCUCUCAUCUCCACUGCUCUCAGUGGUUAAUUCUUUGCUAGUCUCUCGGCCAAGUCUCGCGGAAGUUGGAGGCGUGUCAUGGCGAAUCGCUCUGCAUCGCAAUAGGGGUGCAUCGUAUCGCAACAGUAAUUGCUUCAUAUGCAUCUUUAACGUAUUGAAUUGUUGGCAAUGCAUGGAGAUGUGCAUCGUAUCGAGGUCAUCUCUUAUUGGAACAAAACAGUGUCUACGGAUUGAUCUAUCUUAAAUUUCAGGGUUUCAAAUUGUUGUCAUUCAGCCUUGAAGCUUAAAGGAUUCUUUCCCCAGGGUCGGCGUCAUUGGGCGGGUAUUCACCCUCUCCCUCAAAUUCCACCCACCUGUCUAUAAUGUUAUUUUUUUAAUGAAGGCAUUCAUCCUAUAACAUGUCCUGUCUCUGACAGAUACAUGGCUACGGGUCGUCUGCUUACCCAGUGAUCCCCCCAACCCAACCGACAAUUUUUUACCGUCGUCACUGUUGCUCAUUGCCCCGCCCCCAUCAAAUUUCCUCUGCUGCCAACACUGAACCCCCUGAAAUAUUUUUUACUCUUGAACAAGAAUCUAAGCUGAUGGUAUAGCAGUAACCAGUUCUGUCCAGCUGGUGUCACUGUUGUUUAGCUUUGAAUUGCAUGGCUUACUGCUUCUCUUGCUUAGUAGAAGGAAAGACUCUUGUGUAUCUUUUUUCAUGACUUUUUAAAGUCUUUUUCUUUUGCCUCUUAAUGAGGAUGUCUGAAUUACUUGUACGCCUUUGCCAGUGCUUUGAACUUCGUCGUGAGAAAUGUUCUUGCGGUGAAUUUCUGACAUGCGUCGGCCCUUUAAGGCUUUAAUAUCGAUGUUUAAACCUGGGGUCGACCUGACAGGAAAGGUCAGACAUCUUCAUUCCUGUUUCAUUUUAUGUUCCUUGCAGGGAGUGAAAAAUGUCCCCUCUGAUCUGUGAGAGAGCCAUGCUUAAGACCUGCCUGCCUUGGUAGACCUUUGCAGAAAUUACUGCUGCCUUUCUCUAUGUUGCUUUUUUUACCCUCAAGGUGUUUGUGACGAUUGCUGGUGGUACAAUCGUGUUGAGAAAAUAACAUGUAGUAACAGACUUGCUGUGAGAAGCGUAAUAUUUUUUUUCUCCCCUGAACAAUUCUGGAGAAAAAUGUUUCUGAAGUAGAACAGAAGUACCAAGUGCAGUGAUGAUGGGGGUAGAAGGAGCGCUGGUCUCUGUGUGAACCCAGUCUCACUGUAUGUGCUGUGUAACCCCCCCACAGCAUGCUGUAGUGUCGUAUUUACCCCCCUCCCCCGCCACCCAUGUUCAUCUCCUUCACUACACAUCACUUGAGCCCCUUUAACCAAAUUUUCUGAAGAUAUUUCUUGGUGUUCCAAGUUUAAGACACAAGCACCUGAUCUAAGAUGUGAAAAUGGCUUUUUUCCAAUACAAUCCAUUGGAAGGACCGCAGCCUUGUCCCUUGUUUACUGCAGUUCUGUCGACAUCAAAAGGUAACAUAUCAAAUGAGUUUCCCUCCCUUUCAUUGGGAAAGUAGUCUUUAUUAAUUAGUGCCAACAAAAUUAGUUUACCGAUUUGUGCUUCACUAAUUUUGGGAGAAAGGGAGGGUGGCAAGAAUGUUAAUACUGUGAAAUAUAAAUUUUGGAACUGCCAUUUACAUUAAGCAAGACUGUAGAACUGAAAUUUGUAUAAUAAACUGAAUAAGUGAC